UUUCUGAUGAUGUUGGUUCAAUUUUUUCUCAUAGGUUUCGAAUUUUUAAUCCUUUUAAAUAUUUAUUUUCUUUUUUCCUUUCUUCGAUAUAUCAAUUCUUUUAUUUCUCAUUCUGGAAAUUUACCCGAAGGUAGUCGUAGAAAGGCACGAGAUAAAUUGUUGCUACGUCUUCAGGAUCAUAUUGUUGAUAUCAAUGCUAUAGUUAGAUCACGAGUCUUGCAACUGUGGACUCGUCUUGCUCGUAAUUUUCAAAUACCUUUGGCAUUUAUUAAUGGUGGUUUGAUUCGAGAUGCUUGUAGCCGAUUGAUUGAUAAGUCUAUCAACGUUCGAAAAAAUGCGGCCAUUUUCUUGACUGCAGUAUUGCAAUAUAAUCCAUUUGGGCCAUCAGAUGCCUUAUUCUUCGCAUUGGAAAUGGAAAAAUGUCUGUCCACUAUAUUACGGUCGAUUGCAUCGAGCCAAGCUAGUGAACUAGCUGAAAUCAUCGGUUUUAUUGUUGAGACAAAUAAAUUUUCGAUUCGAAAUUCCGAAAAUGCUGUACGUGAAUUUUUUCGCGCAAUUUGGCGAUACGACAGUGCAGCUAAAGAAAUUAUAAUUAAAGCAGCAGCUGAUUUAUUUAUUUCUGCUAAUAAGAAUAGAGAAAUAUGUGCCAAGAAAACUGCUGAAAAUCUCAUAAGAAUAAUUCUAAAUGUUCCAGAAGAGGAACGUAUAUCUGUUGAAGAGGUUUAUUUUGUGAGAGGAACUGUUGCUGAUUUAUCAAAAUGUAUUAUCGACAGCAGUAUUAAUGUAGCCAAUUUAUCAAAAUUCUUUUUUUCAGAACUUUCUAAAAAGGUUUGUUAUCGACUACUAUGGAUUUCAAAAUAUAAACAAGCAGAUAGUUUAGUGGAAAAACUUUGUCAACGAUUGCAAAGCACCACCAGCCAGUUGGUUUUCAUAUUUUUUAAAUUGUUAUAUUCAUAUUUUAAAAAUAGAAUUUCAGAUAACAAAAUAUUUAAAUUUUAUAAAGUACUUUAG